AUGAUCAUGUCUGCCUUAGAGCAAGAGCUCAGGGCCAAGGUUCAGCCCACGGAGGGGCCCUUUGGGCUCAUUAUCGCGCCCUCGCGAGAGCUGGCGCACCAGACUUACGAGGUGAUCGAGUUCUACACCGACCACCUGGCCGAGUACCAUCGAGAGUUUCCCAAGCUCCGAUCUGUGCUGACGAUUGGCGGCUUGAGCACCGGGACGCAGGCGAUGGCCAUCAAGAAGGGGUGCCACAUGGUGGUGGCCACUCCAGGCCGCUUGAAUGAUCUGCUGAACAAGAAAAAGAUGUCGCUGGCACAGUGUCAAGUCCUGGUCCUGGACGAGGCCGAUCGCAUGAUCGACCUGGGAUUCGAAGAGGAGAUCCGAAACACCUUGGACCACUACCGAGGAUUUCGUCCUGGAGUGAUGCUUCAGACCCACUGCCCAGGGUUGAAGCAUUGCAUUCUUCCCAUUGAUCAUGUGGAAACAGCCGCGGCAGAACCGAUUGCGGCCGCCGCAACUCGCGGACCAUGGGCUGCCAUGGUGGGCUCAUCAAGUCGGAACUUUGGGAAGAUCAAGCUCCAGAUGCACACGGACAUCAAGCUCCGGUCCUUUCCCCAGAAUUUGAUGGAUUUUGCCAAGACUGCCCUGGUGGAUGCCGUGGUCAUCAACGUGGGUCGCGCAGGCGCCGCUAACUUGGAUGUGAUCCAAGAGGUGGAGUAUGUGAAGCAAGAGGCCAAGCUGGUGUAUUUGCUGAAAUGUUUGCAGAAGACACCGCCGCCUGUCUUGAUCUUUUGCGAGAACAAGUCUGACGUGGACGAUGUGCACGAGUAUCUGUUGUUGAAGGCGGUCGAGGUAGUGGCGAUCCACGGCGGCUUGGACCAGGAGGAGCGCCACGAGGCGAUCCGAUCCUUCAAGGAAGGCUCCAAGGACGUGCUCAUUGGCACGGAUGUGGCGUCGAAAGGAUUGGACUUCCCCGCCAUUCAGCACGUGAUCAACUUUGAUAUGCCAAAGGAGAUCGAGAACUAUGUGCAUCGCAUUGGUCGAACUGGCCGGUGUGGCCGAACUGGUGUGGCGACUACCUUCGUGAACAAGAACCAAGACGAGACCAUUUUGUUGGACUUGAAGGCCUUGCUGCUCGAAGCUGGUCAGCACGUGCCACCCUUCCUCAUGCAGCUGGACUCCGCGGCCGGAGGACGAGAGGAGGAAGAGAUUGGUGGCGUCAAGGGCUGCGCUUAUUGCGGUGGCUUGGGCCACCGGAUUUCCGAUUGCCCCAAGCUGGAGACCACGCGGCAGAAGACCACCUCCGCCACCAAGGUCCCGUCCUAUGCCGUUCUGGGUGGGGGGGGUGAGGAGUGGGGGGGGUAA